AUGGAGUUUAAGCUUUUGCAUGGACGAGAUCCUCAAAAGCGACCAAGUUUCGGCAACUUGUCUCGCGAGGAGAUCGACAUGUUUAUGGCACAUGGUGGCUUUCAAGUUGCGCAAACGGUUCCUUGGAGAGCAGGAAAAUCAUUAGAGCGUCCAAAAAAUAAAAAAGAAUAUCAAAGUGGUAUUAAUUCUAAUAAAUUAACAUCAUCACGAGAAAAAAUUGUUAAUUCCAGCAAGACACAUUCGACAUCUAAACCGAUUGUAACAACUCCAAAAAAUACGACAUCGAUUCAACAGACUCAUCCUAAUGGGAUAAAAUCUCAGGUUCCUUCUAAUGAAACAAAAAACCUUGUUGAAACACAAAAUUCGUCCCACAGUUCUACAAGGAUUCCGAAUGGAAUACCAUUUCAAAUUUCUUCAAACACAAUAACAUUACCUUCCGAUACAAGCACUAAAGUCAAUUGUGACAUCAAGAAUGAAACCAACAAAUUUCCCAAUGGAAAUUUAUCCGCUGGCACAAUAAGCAAACCAGCACUUAAUAACAAUGGGCUAAGAGCGCCUGGAAAUAUUUCAAACGUUAAUAAUGUAUCGUCAUCGAUAAAACCUAAUGGUGUUAAUCCUCCUGUUAACCAUUUGCCGGCGAUCCAACCUAAUGGUGUUCAAGAAUUGUCGUCAAUCAAAUCUAAUGCUACCAAUGUUCCUACCAGGGAAAUGCCAUCAAACAAACUUAACGGCGUUAACAAUUUCCAAUCGCAUCAAAAAACUCCAAUCAUUUCAAAUUCAACGGUCGAAUCAAAUGCAACACAUACUUCAGAGAUAUCUUCAAGCGCUUCUUCUCUAAAGAUUAAAACUAAUAAUCUUCCAAGUAACAACCACUUGUCUCGAAAUUCACCUAAUAGCUCAAACGGCUCGAUCCGUUCAUUAUCACCAAAGUCUCCGCCUCCCGUAGUGUUUAAUGAGAGUAAAGAACUUAAUGGUCUUCAAAAUAGUUCUAAUCAUUCAACAUCACCACCAAAGUCGCCUGUUGUUUAUAUUGAACAGAAACAAAAAAAUGGGCAUCAAAAUGAGACAGAUCCAAACGUUUCAUCAUUUCCUCCAAGUGAAAAUCUUCCUUCACCAUCUGCUGUUAAACCAAGAAGUUGGGCAGACCUUGUUAGGGUCAAUCCUGAAAAUUCUCAGAAAGGUGGUACUGUUACAUCGAGUGCUUCAGUUAAUAAGAAUCCAAGCCAAUAUAAACAACCAAAAUCAGUUGUUUCUCCGAUUAACGGGAAACCGAAGGCUGAAGCGCUCUCUGGUUCUAGUCGAUUGUUGCAGCCUCGAGGACUUGUGAACAACGGCAACACUUGUUUCAUGAACGCGAUCUUACAACCUUUAUCACAUUGUCCACCAUUCUACAACUUAUUAAUACGAAUAGGCAACGAAGUUAAUCAUAGUUUUAAUAGUAAAACGCCUUUGGUUGAUUCUUUAAUCGAGUUCAUGAGAGAAUUUCGUGAGGCGAAACUCGAUGGUCUUGAUGAGGGAAAUUUUGGAGAGUCAUUUGUUCCAGAAUACGUAUAUGACGCGCUACGUGGAACAAAAAAAUUUGACUCGAUGAAGGGCCGUCAAGAAGACGCGGAAGAAUUUCUUGGUUAUUUAUUAGAUGGUCUUCAUGAAGAAUUAUUAGCAGACACUGCGGGUCACAAAAAUGUCCCAGGAGAAUCGACGCAUUCGAAUGUCAGUAAAUCAGUCGAUGAUGGCUGGUAUGAGGUUGGACCAAAAAAUAAGGCUACUAGUGCUCGUUUGGAAUCUCCGAUCAGCCGAAUAUUUGGUGGUCAAGUAAAGUCUGUCUUAAAGUGUCCGGGAAGUGUGGAUUCGGUUACCUAUCAACCGUUUUCAUCAUUACAAUUGGAUAUACAGGAUGCUUUGAUGAAGAUGAAUGCACCGGAAAUAGUCCAUGAUUAUUAUUCAAAAAAAGGAGCAGUAGUUGAAGCCAACAAAAGAUUAUAUUUGGAUAUACUACCACCAAUUCUUAUCCUUCAUCUAAAACGAUUUGUAUAUGAUAAUGUCGGUGGGGCUCAAAAGCUACAUAAAACUGUUGGAUACUCGACACUACUUAAUAUACAAUCAGUUGUAUACCAUCAUGGAAAAUCUGCAACUGGUGGACAUUAUACUUGCGAUAUUCUACGACAGAAUAAUCAAUGGUUACACGUAGAUGACACCACAAUCACGCCAAUUACUGCCGAAGAUGUCGCUGUCACAGAAAACUCAACAAAUGCGACCGAUCGGCUUGCAUACUUACUUUUUUAUAUGAAAAUAAUAUAA